UGUAACCAUCUCAUCCUCUGCUACCCUCUUCUUUUGCCUUCAAACUUUCCCAGCUUCAGAGUCUUUUCCAAGUCAGUUCAAUCUUUUCGACAGUAUCUUUCAAAAUUAAAAUACACAGAUCUCUUUCCCCCGUGGAUUCCGGGAAGUUUCACUUCUAGGAAUUUAUCCUACAUAAUCCUCCACAAUUUGCCAAAGAAAUGUGCACUUGAAUCUUUUUUCUAUAGUAUUGUCCGUAGUGAGGAGAAUUUGUCAUUGACUGACUUCCGAAAGAAGAGAGAAUUAACUGUGGCCUCUGGGAAUAAGGGUGGGUGAGAAAUUCACUCUGCGCUACGCUUCUUUUCUAUUUGAAUUAUCUAAACAUGCCUCCAGUGCUUAUUUAAAGAACUAUUUUAAACAUACAGCUGCUAAGUAAACAGAUAAGUUGGUGCUGUCGUUCAGUCGCUGUCUUGUCGGUCUCUCUGCGACCCCAUGGACUGCACCACGCCAGGCUCCCCUGUCCUCCACUGUCUUCCGGAGUUUGCUCAGACUUCUGUCCACUGAGUCGGUGAUGCUGUCUAGCCAUCUCAUCCUCUGCCGAAAGUUCUCCAAAUAAACUGAGGGUCAGAAAGGGUGAGUCACCGGCCCCAAACACAGAAGCUAGCUGUCUCCGUCAGUCUCACCGCCAGGGAGUGGGUCCACUUCCCGGUUCCCCAGGCCCGCCCCCUCACCGCCAGCCCCGCCCUAUAUACCGAGGCCCCUCCCUGACCCAGCCAGUAGACUCCAGCCUGUAGUUGAUGCCCCACACGGACUUCGGACGCGGACCUAGAGUCGGAGCCCCAAACGCUGGGACAGGUGACCCAAGGCAGGAGUGGUUCGUGCGGCCUGCCACCGGACCGGAGAUUCCAAGGGUCUUCUCGGGGGCGCUGUCCGUGGGCUCCGCCUAGCCCUGAGGGAGAGAUUGCGGGCCGCGCCGGGGUUAACGCGAGCCAAUCCUGGGCUGCGCGGUACGUAACGGAUUAUUUGCAUAGCGCUCUUCCGGGUUACGCACUCGGCGGCGGGCUCUGGGGCUCUCUGAGGCCAAUGGCGUGCGUCUAUGCAAAUGAGGGCGGAGAUGGAGUAAGUGCAGCGGGUGAAGGAGUUGGCCGCUCCGGGAGCCGCCUCCCAGUGAGUCCUCCCACCGUCCCACCUCCAAUCAUGUCCCCCUGCUGUGUCCACAGUCCGCCCGCCGACCAUCCCCGCCACGCGCGGGUCGCGACCCUCCCCGGAGCACCCGCACACCGGCUCGGGGACGCCGGAGCGGCGCCGCCCCCAAGCGGAUGCCCGCCCGAGAGCCCCCCCAGACCCAUGGCUCCCGGGGGAAUCUGCAGACCCGUCCGCCUGGCCCUGGUCCUCCGCGACUGGUGUCUAGAGGCCCCAAACCCAGCGCUCCCCCAACUGUGUGCCAGCCCCAUCCCGGAGCCCACAGGACAAAGCCCAAGAAGAUUGUAUUUGAGGAUGAACUCCCCUCCCGGGCCCUCCUGGGCACCAAGAAGUCUACUAGAGCCGUCUGCGAGAGACAUAUGCCUAGGCCCCACCCCGUGCCUGACUAUGAGCUUAAGUACCCACCAGUGAGCACUGAGAAGGAUCGGAACCGCUAUGCUGCAGUAUUUCAGGACCAGUACCCAGAGUUCUUGGAGCUCCAGCAGGAGGUGGGAUCAGCACAGGCAAAGCUCCAGCAGCUGGAGGCCCUGCUGAACUCACUGCCCCAGCCCCGAAGCCAGAAGGAGGCCCAUGUUGCUGCCCGUGUCUGGAGGGAAUUUGAGAAGAAGCAGAUGGACCCCAGCUUCUUGGACAAGCAGGCUCGCUGCCAAUACCUGAAGGGCAAACUAAGGCACCUCAAGUCACAGAUCCAGAAAUUCGAUGACCAAGGAGACAGCGAGGGCUCUGUGUACUUCUGAGCGUCCUGCAAACAGAUAGAGGGAACCAUCAGAGUGGGGGGCCCUACCCUGCCCUUCCUUCUCUUCUUCCCUCCUGAUCUUUGCUGUUACUGCUGCCCCGCCUGGGGUAGCCAUAGCCAUGCCUGAUUUUAAAUGCCUUCACCUUUGAGGCCUAGAUCUGAUGGUCCCUCUUCCAGCAAGGCUUCCCAGAACCUGCAGGACCUCCAUGGAGACCCCACAUCCCAGUCCAUCCCCUAGAAGCAGGUCCCGCUCUCCAUCCCAGUGGAAUAAACAUUUAUUAAAUACCUACUGCCACUUAAAA